ACAAAGCGGCAGCCUACAAGAGGGCUACUUGUUUAUUCCUUCAAUAAUCAAAUUAAUCUCUCCUAAUCUAGACCCACAGCUAGCUUUGCUUCCCAAUUAUUUUGUUUGCAUAUGGUUACUACUUAAGGCCACCACACUCCUUGAUCUCCUUCCAUCUCCCACUUGAGAGCUCAAGUGCUCAACACAAGCUCACCAUGGCCUUCUCCUUCUUCUUCCCUGACAACAAUAAGCUCCUCUUCCUCCUCCUCAUCUCCAUUGCAAUCACCAGCAUGACUACUCAAAACCAAGCAGAAGCAGCAAGCGGCCACAUCCAACUGAUCAUGGUGAACAACUGCGCCGAGUCAGUGUGGCCAGCCCUGCUAGGAACAACCGGCCACGUCACGCCGCAGUCCGGCGGGUUCCACCUGGGCGCCGGCGAGGAGCUCACCUUCAACGUCCCCCUCAUGUGGUCGGGCCGCGUGUGGCCGCGCCGGGGCUGUGCCUUCGACGCGCACGGCAACAGCACCAACGGCAGCCGCUGCACGACUGGUGACUGCGGCGGCGUCCUCCGCUGCGCCGGAAACCCCGGCGCGGCCCCGGCCACCGUGAUCGAGAUGACUCUAGGAACACCAUCUUCCCCAGUGCACUUCUACGACGUGAGCCUGGUGGACGGCUUCAACGCGCCGGUGUCCAUGGCGCCCGUGGGCGGCGGCAGGGGCUGCGGCGUGGCCGCGUGCGGCGCUGACCUCAACGUGUGCUGCCCGUCGGCGCUGGAGGUCAGGGACAGGGAAGGGAGGAUCGCCGGGUGCCGCAGCGCGUGCGGCGCCAUGGGCGGCGACCGGUACUGCUGCACCGGGGACUACGGCACGCCGGCGGCGUGCAAGCCCACCAUGUUCGCCCACCUGUUCAAGGCCAUCUGCCCCAGGGCAUACAGCUAUGCCUUUGACGACGCCUCCAGCCUCAACCGGUGCAAGGCCAGCAGAUACCUCAUCACUUUCUGCCCACCACAACCUCAAUACUAAUGAUCCAUCAGCAUCCGCCCAACCUCUAUCACUUUCAUUCUCUUAUAUGUAUGAUGUAUACAUUUCUGAAUCCAGACACGAACUGAAUAUAUCAUCAACAGCUGCAAAGCCAA